UUUAAAUCCCCGCUUAAAAAAGUGUCGUGUCGUCUGCUAAGCUCUGUGUGCAGCGCUCCAAAACGAUGACAGACCGCCAGUAUUUUGUUUAUGCCAAAUAAACAGUUGCAUGUGCCUGCCUGAUUGAUUGCCAGUCGAACGUGAAAACACAUCAUCGAUUACUGGACGAAUAAAGGAUAAUGAGCUCUAAUUUACGCUCGAGGAAAAUGAAUGCCAGAAGCGGCAAAAUAAUAAGUAAUAAUGCAGAGCAAUCACACUCGAGUGUGACGUCAAACAUACGUAUAUGAACAGGUGAUAACGUUAAAGAAGCGGUGGCCGGUGAUGAUCGAUUUUUUCUCCCUCUUUUCGUUGAAAGCCCACAUCACGCAGGUGACAUACUGUUGUUGUGCUGUGUAAUUAUCAUCCUACGCCGCUUAGACGAUUUUUCGUAGCAGCUGUAAUUUAUCAUGCAGUCGGCAGCAACUUUUUUUAAAUUGUUUCCGUGAAAAGUGAUGCGUGGUAACGACCAAUUAGUCGGUGAUUGAUUUUUUCCAACUAUGAGCUUGUCAUAUGGAUAACAAGCAGGAAAGAGAAAAGCAGGGAUAAUGGCUUUUUCAUUCAGAGCAGGUACCAAUUGGUGCCACGAUUUUCCAAAGCUUGCCAGAGAGUCAGGCUUCUAUUUUAAUACUCAUUCAGCUAGAGUUCGAGUCGAUUGGAAUCGCAUAAGUGCAAUAGAUGUAGACAGAGUUAUAAGAGAAAGAGAUUUUCAAACUAUUGAUGAAAAUGUUAAUUAUGUUAUUGAUUAUUAUUUGGAGAGCGAAUACGAUGUAAAGAUUCUGGAUCCCAAUUUUGUUAAACUGUUUCGCUUGGCUCAAUUGGCUGUUGAAUAUUUAUUGUACUGCAAGCAAUACUUGGACCAAUCAAUUGUCAUUUUGAAAGAGGAGUUAAAGUAUAAAAUAGAGGAAAAUGUAAAGCUAAAAAACGAAAUCUCACAGCUUCAUAUUUCAAUGAAGGAAAUAAAAGAAAAAUUGAAAGAGAAAAACAAAACUGCUGAUACAAAGUCGGAUGCGCAUGGAGAGAUUCAUAAAUGCCCUCACUGUCCCAAAACAUUUGUGUCGGCGUCAUUUGCCAACGCUCAUCUGGUUAGACGCCAUUCGAAUUUGCAAGACGUACUGUCAAACUCGCUGCCAGCGGCUCAUGAGGAAUAUCGAGUUGAGACAGAAAAAUUGCACAAUGAAAUUAAAACGCUAAAGGAACGUCUUAACCAGACUGAACGCGUAAUCCGAAGCGAAACGAGUAAAACUUCCGUGGAGGAUGGGAAUUUGUAUCAGCACGAUGAUCAGUACCGCAGAUACCAGGAUGAGAUCAAAAAUCUGAAAACUUUGCUGUUUACAGAGAUUAGGAAUAUUAAGAGAAAGGAAGCUAGUAUAACUCAGCAAGAAAAUGAUGUAGACUAUGAGAAUGUAAAAGAACUGAUAAGCCAGCAGGAAAAUGAAAUUCAAAGACUGAGGAACCAAUUGCAGGAGCAGUUGAAAACCAAUACAAAUGAAGUUCAAGAAAAACUAACGAAACAGGAAAGUUAUUGGAAAUCAAAAAUCGAGCAGGUAGAGAAUCAACAUCGCAAUGACAUAGAGAAUCUUUUCACCCAGUUGAAACAAACUCAAGAAUCCGCGAAUUUCAUGAAAUCGCAGUAUGAGGAAAAAGUUACCGUUUUAGAGAAACAAUCCGUGGACCAAUCAAAAUUGCUCACCGCACAGAGCGAGCAAUUGAGCAAUAUUACCAAAGGCAUGCUGGAUAGUCAGAAUCCAGCAAAACAAACAAGAAAGCUAGAGGUAAAUAAUUUAGCGCAUCAAAAAAUUAAUAAACAAAAGGUUGAAAGUCUUACGGAGGAUGACGUCGACAGCGAGAGUAGUCAGAGCGUAAAAGCUCAUUUAAAAAACAAUUUGGUACAAACUGUAAAUAAGCAGUUAUCUAGUCCACUGAAACCAAACCAAAGUUAUCAUAAACUUACAUCAAAUAAGAAAAUUGAGGAAACUCGACAAGUUAAGAAGCGUGAAGAACCAGUUAGGCAGCAGAAAAUACCAAAACGGGACGAAAGAAAAAUUUAUCACGACAAUAAGCCAAAAAGCAUGAUGAAUGUGCGUAAAAUUACGAAAAAUGGUAAUAAAUAUUCUUCCCUCGAUGAAUCGAUGAGUGCAACAACAACUGGAUCAGAGUCAGAGGAGUCUGAGUCUGCAGAAGAGACUGAGGAUGAGUCAAGUGAAUCAUCGGCGACGCGUACUGAAACCACUGACGACGAAGAUCUUUCGCAAUUGGAAGAAAAAAUCUCCAAACAAAAUACUGAGAACAAACGGCGUUCUUCUACUGCGUCGUUAAAGUCUGUUAGACAAGAAAUGCAAGAAAUCUUUGAGACUAAAUUAAAAGAAUUAGGAAUUGAUCCAGAGUGGGCUGGAAUUCCCGAAGCUACUUUCAAACAAAAAAUGGAGGCUGUAAAACAUCAUCAAAAUGUCGCUUCCAAAAAAUAUCCAAAAUAUGAUCAUACACGCCGAAAAAUACUUGAUGAAUUGCGAGAAUCUGUUACUGAACAAUCAAUAAAAAAAAUCGAAUCGGAAAAAAAAUCAUUUCUCAACAAAGCUAUGAAAAACGUCAAAUCAAAAGCUUUAAAAGCAUUUCACGAUUUCAAAGGGCACCACGAUACAUCAACACCCAUAUUGAGCUCAAAAAAUUCAACUCCCAGAGAAUCUCAACCAAGACGAAAGUUGAGCCUCGAAUUGCUACCUAAAAAACCAACUCAGCUUGAUAUUCAAGAAAUCAUGAGACAAGCCCCAAACGAAUUUGAUAGGAAGCAGAAAAAAGACGAACCAGUCCUACGUUUGAAACCCAGCUUACUUAGAGAUGAGAGCAUUCGUCAACAAAAUACAGAACCCAUUAUCGAUGCAACUCAAAGACCAAAGCAGUUGCAGCGCUCUUAUCAAACCAUCGAGGAAUUCAUGCAAGAUAUCGAUAAAAGUCCUACAUUCGAAAAUUCUAGCGCCAAAGUAACUUCCACCCCGACUAAAAGCGCGAAAAGUAUACUUCAGGAUUCUUAUGCUCUUGCUAACGACUCGGACCAAUCGUCAAAGCAAAGCCUCAUGUGGGCUCUUGCCUCGCCUAAGAACAACAAAAGUGUUCUUAAAUCGGCAAUGGGCUCAGCUAUGGUCAAGAAGAAAGUGCUUUUCGAUCUGGAAAAAGUAGACAAAGAGAAAAAUUCCGAGAAAGAAGCAGCUGAAACAAAAUCUAUAGAAGAAUUCCUGCUAGAAGAAGAGUAUAAAGAUAAAAAAGAAGCGAACGAUAGUGACUGGAAUACAACUUCAAGCAUUUUGGAGGAAAAACUAAAGUCACCCAUGAAAGAGAUGAGGACAAGUUCAGAAAACAUUCAACUGAAAACGUCUCAGAGCGAAAGAAUAGCUGAAAUAUCGAAAAAAAUUCAAGAAAAGCUUGAAUCAUCUCGCCGUAAGCCAGCCGGUUCUGUGGAAGCCAUGUUUUCCCCUCAAACGCAGUCUGAUGAACCCACUUUUGCUGCACAAAUGACUUCUGAUGGUAUUAAUUCCAUGAUGGACCAUCAUAAUCAAGUACCUCGUCCUGCACCUCGUAAACAACUAUUAGAAACCAAAGACUCUGACCUAGAUAUAGAUGAGCUGUUAGCUACUAUAAGACAAAAAAGAAACCAAAAAUUAAUCUAAUUUUACCAUUUAUUUUAGUACAUUUUAUACAUAAAAAAAUUUUUUAAUGAGUUUUGUUAUAAACACUCAAUAUCAGUUUUAAUAACGUAAAAUGGCACAAAUAGACUAAAAUCUUACCCUAA